AUGCCUGCGACAACCCAGACGUCAGAAAGUCUCGAGCUGGGAACACGAGAGCCCCCUCAUCCAUCAAGCUCGUUACGAUCAGUGCAGAGCCAUGACAGGACAUCUCCCGUUCUCGAGGACGGACGCAGAGAUGAUCCUCAAGGCAGCGUUGCACGACGCAAUGAAAUUAUUCUUGCUCCGGUAGAUCGAGGGAUAUCCGCAUGGUUGUUCUUGACUGGCGCAUUCUUCGUAGGCGCACUGGUUUGGGGAUUUCCGACAGCCUACGGAAUCUUUUUGGUGUCGUACACGGAAGAUCCACGCUUCCGGGACCAGAAACACGCGUCGUCGCUCUUACCCCUGAUCGGUACAUUAUCGUCAGGCAUCAUAUACUGUUCCGGGCCCAUCAUAAACCCUGGAAUGGCGCGUUAUCCUCAGCACCGUCGCUCCGCCUUGUGGACCGGGCUCGUAUUCUGUUGGGCGAGCUUGUUUGGUGCUAGCUAUGCAACGCGGGUCGUGACGUUGGUAGCCUUGCAAGGCGUGCUGUAUGCCAUUGGCGGAGCACUACUAUAUGCACCGUGUAUCUCUUACCUAUCGGAAUGGUUUGUAAAUAGAAGAGGGCUCGCUAACGGGAUCAUCUUUGCCGGGACCGCUCUGGGCGGGCUAAUCCUACCCCUGAUCAUCCCCCCGCUUCUCCGGCAAUUUGGCAUUGCAACUUCGCUCCGCAUUCUCUCCAUUGCGAUUGUGAUCGUGUUGACUCCUUUGCUUCCGUUCAUCAAACCGCGUCUUCCUGAGAACCGCGUCCGUGGCCCGGCGGCUCGCUCGAUUGAUCGAUCGUGGUUGAAGAAUGACAGGUUCUGGCUCAUGCUGCUCGCUAACACCAUACAAGCGUUCGCUUAUUUCGUGCCGAUGACAUGGCUGCCGACGUUCGCAUCCGACCUACGCUUGGGCGACUCGUCCUCGGCCUUGUCGCUUGCGCUGUUGAAUGGUUCUUCUGUGGUUGGGCGUAUAGGAAUAGGCGCCCUUUCCGACACAAUGGACUCGUGGCUCCUAGCAUUCGCCAAUCUAACUUUCACUUCACUGGUGACCUUCGUUCUGUGGGGCGUGCUUGCGCACUCGCUACCCGGCCUCCUUGUUUUCAGUGUCGCCUACGGUACCAUUGCGGGGGGCUGGUCCAGUACAUGGUCCGGUUUCAUCAGACCGUUGUGCAAGGACGACCCUACCUUGCACACCUCCAUAUUCGGUUUCCUGCAACUAACACGCGGCCUCGGCAACAUCCUGUCCAACCCGAUAUCAACUUCGAUGUAUAAUGGCUCUUCUCGUCACCCGUCCACCCGUCCGAGGACGGGUUAUACUGUUGGAGGCGGACGCUUCGAACAGAUGAUAAUUUACGUUGGCACCUGCUUCGCCUGCGCUGCCCUCACAUCAUCUGUAGGGUGGCUGUCGGCUAAGUAUCGUAGUAGGACACCCCAGUCGUGA